UGUUGACACUACUGAACGAAGCUCUCAGCUUAUUCCUUCGCAUAAUUAGCAGGAUGAUUCAGGCAGUGAACUCAGCAGGAUGGUUUGUACCGUGCCAUGCGAAGCCUCGAAAGCAGGAUGAUGAGAGUAUGAAGUACUUAACCCACGAAGAGCAGGAUGUUCUCAUGUUCUUCGAGGAAACUAUAGAUGCCUUAGAAGACGACUUGGAGGAAGCAGUCCUACACGACAGUGGCAUCCAGUGUCAGUCUUCAAGGUCAACGGAAGAGAACGUGUCCAGCCAUUCGGAGACCGAGGAUAUCAUAGACUUAGUGCAGUCGACGCCCGAGAGCAGCGACCACGAAGGCCCUCCUAGCAAAGAUGCAGAACCAGUGUUGGAUGCUACCUGGCGAGCGGAGAGCCCUAAGCCAGCUGCACCUGCCGACCUUCCCUCGCAUCCCUCGGAAUCGCAGCCACUGCCCUGUGAGACUCCUCCUCUUCCUCCUCCGCCCCCUCCUGCCGUGCAGCAUCCAAAAUUGCUUCGCUCGAUCCCCACCCCGCUCAUCAUGGCCCAGAAGAUGUCCGAGCAGCAAAUGGAGAGCAGGGUGCGCUUCCCCGGCGCCCUCAAGGAAGGGAGCUUGGACAGGAAGAAGACCCCUGUAGCCAACGGUGAUUAUUUCCCAAAGCACCCUCCUGCACCCGCCCCCAAACUGCACCGAUUUCCCAGCAACAUCAACAUAACGAACGUCAGCGGCAAGGAAUUCAACGAGACCAUCUCCAAAGCAGCCGUUAACGUACAGGAGCGGAGAGCUCAGGUGCUGGCCAACAUCAACGGCGGAGCCUUUCUGGCAGCCGAGCUGGAGGAGAAGCUGCAGAAAAACGACUUCUUGUCGCGCAACAGGAGCUCUUCCUUAAGGGAUCUCUCCUCCGAGCAAGCACGCUAUGAGGCCCUGACAAAACUCGGUCUCGUUAAGGGAAAGCCAGCUCAGGACCAAGUGGAUCAUGCCCCGAGUGCUCAGCGUCUGGAUGCGCAGCCCAAGCAGGCAGACGCCGUUCCCAAUGGGUAUCAAAACAUCCACGAGGUCUUAAAAAGCGAGCCCAGCCCUUUCCUUCCUACGGGCAAAACUGUAACAAUCAAACCAGAGGGAGCUCUUGCUGCUAACAAGGUCGCUCAGCAGAACGCAGCAAAGGGCUUUAAUGAUUACAAACAACCUAACCUCAGCCUGGAUAUGAGAAGGAGGUCGGGUUCGCUGCCCAGGCCCUCGGGAUUUCGCUCGCAAGGGAUCACGGUCAAGUUCUCUGGACGUGGCUCAACAGAAGAAGCUAGGAGGGAGGCACUCCGCAAACUGGGACUGCUGAAAGAGACUGCGUAACGGGGAGGGGAGUGGUGUGGCAUCGGAGGGGAAUCCGAGCUUGGCUUUGCGCUAGAGCAAGCCCAACAGGAUUGGGAUCAGACGGAUUGGAAGAAGAAAGGGAAGUUCUCAGCUUCGGGCAAGCUCAGGAGGUACUGGGACUGGAAUGACUGCUGGCGUUUAGCUCAAAGACUGGCAGCACGUAACGCCGAGUACGGGGGGGGUUUCAGCCCGCCGUCCUGCAGAGAUGCUCGUCUGUUACUCCUUGUGACUGAGAAACGUAUUUAAGUAGUGCUGGCCUACAGCAGGGGGCACCGCGUUAGGGAAGUGCCCGGCGCAGCGUUGUUGUAUGGAGCACGUUGAACGAAGGAGCUUCCUUUCGCUCUUUUUCUGAAGCCAAAACCGAGAGCUCUGUUUUGCACACGUGUCUGUCUGUCCAACGGAGCUCGAGAUGGGUCGGAACUGACGUUUCUGGCCCGGGUGACGCACUUCUGUGCCGUUUUGUUGUCUGUAUUAUCCGGCUUUGCUUUAUUCCCUCCCCCCCGGUGAAGGCUGCUGCUUCCUUGCUCCGUGCCCGCUCGACUUCAGCCUGCACAGAGCACGGUUUUGGUUCUGACCUUCUCCUCAGCAGAACGGCCCGAGCCUGGCGUUGUGGCUGCGUCGUUCUGCCCCUUACGGAGCCGCCCGCUCCGUGGCCGUGCCCUAGGAAGCUCCACGUCCAGUGAGAGGCCCCGGAGGGGCCUCGAGGGUGUGCGCGGCACGCCGGUCUCUGCGCUGACAGCCAAAGAGUCUCCUGACAAUCUGAAACCCAGCUGUUCUGUACCGGGGUGUGGGUGGAGCACAGAAGCCAUAGGAACAAGUCCGCUUUGUACCAAAUGGGAGAACCUUACUCAAAAGCCUUGCCUCUUACCGUAGUGUUCCCCUGAAGAAGCUGUUACUCCUCGAACAAUCGCUGUGCUGCACUGACCAGGUCCAAGUUCUGUUACUUCUAAAAGCUCCUUAGAUCUCCUGCUUCGACAGAGCUCGUCAUCCUCUGCUCAGAGCCUUCUUUGAUCCUGUCCUGCUAAGUCCGAACAGAAGCUACAGCCAAAAGUCUCGCAGGUGAAGUGGAGUGGCAGGAGAGAGCAGUAUGUAAGGGCGCGUCCUUCCCGAAGGCUCCCUGGUGGUGUAUUUGCCUUUAUUCAACAGACGCGCUUUUGAUGACAAUCCCCAAAUGUGUGUCUUGGUCUGAUUUUUUUUUUUUUUGUGUGUGUGUAUGGCAAAGCUGCUCUUCUGCUGUAAAGCUCCCUCCCUUUUUGUACACCUGCCACCAUCAAGAACAGCCAUCUCAGAACAAAAUGCCAAAACCCAGCCCCUCCAACUUCCUCAUUGUUACCCCUGCACAUUUAAGAGUUCUCAGACUUUUUUUUUCUAAAGAGAAAAUCUCCUUUAUUCUCUGCACUUUCUAAAGCCUCGAGCAACCCCCUCGUUUCCCUAAGGAGCUGAGUAAUAAACCUUGGUGGGGAGGAGGGGAGUGGCAAUAAUAGAAACUGCCCCACCCUUCAGAGAGGAGCUCUGACAUAACUGUGAUAAACAAGUUUGUAUUCCUUGUGACAAAGUAUUUCAAACUUGCUGAGCUGUACUUGUAAAUGAAGCCGUCGUGAAGGAAAAAAUCUUCUCAUAGCUAUUAACCUGCCUCAUAAGUUAAAGGGUAUUUGUUUGUUUGUUUUUGUUUUUAAAUUAUCUGCUUGCUGCUUUAAAUUUUUAAUUGUGUUAUGGUAUCCGGCUUGUUCUGUUACGGAGUUAUUCUUUUUCAGCCUUUUUCCUGGGUAAGUGAUCACGUUCCUCCCUGCGAUAGGCACACUACACACAAGCAACCAGUAAUUAAAAAUGCGGCCAGUCCUCGGUCUGGCAGAGCCCUUAAGCGUGCAUAAUCGAGUGUGAGAAGCGCUCCUGGAACAAAAAAGGCUGCUUGUAUGCCCAAAGUACAUCAAUCACAUCCUUAUUUUGAGUCUGUAGCUCUAAAUCAGAAAGAAACCGAAGCACAUCAAUACAGCGCAGCACCUGCCGUGGAGCCCCGCGCCUGGGUGACGUGGUGCCAAUGCAUCAUGAUUUAUUGACUUAACUUGCUAAGGAAACGUAAAUGUUUCAUGGCCUCUGUGCUUCUAAAGCCUGGUAAAGAAAAAUCUUACGUCAGAAAUGUGAUGUGCACAGAGCGAUCUUCACAGCGACUCGCUUCUUGCCAGCUCUUCACCUGAGUUGUUUGCAGCUGAGCGUCCGCGCUAAGCAAGGAGGGGGACACCCGACACAUUGUUUCACUGAAAUUCAGCCCCGUUUGCUAACUCUCUAAUGUAACCCUAAUAAAUAAUAAUAAUAAAGCAGUGUAAUAGCCAAAGCAUGAAGUUGCAGUACGCUGAAUUAGCUGGAUCACGGUCUUUCACCCUUCGUGUAGGGCACUGUUCUCAGCUGCUGGGAAGGGAGACUUUGAGCUUCUUAAAUUAACCCAAUUCCUGCCCAGGGAGGACUCGGACGAGGUAUUUAUCGUAGCCCUUCGUACUGGCAACUGUCCUGUUGGUGAGUUCUUCACUGUGCCUAAAGCUGUAAGUAAAGCCAUGUACUACUCGCCGUUAAGCGUCUAGCUGCUACCAGUCUGUACCUAAACCUCGCUCUGGUUCGUGGCUCUCGUUCCGUGUGUCUGUGUUGCUGUGACUUUCUUGUCCUCUGUUAGAAGUAACUGUCCUGCACAAAGCUGAUCAGUCUUCUAUUAAACUGGGAGAAAACCAAAGAGACGAUGGCUGAUGGGAAGUGGAAUGUCGUUCUUUGUCACCCAGUACCGCGCAUCCCUCCUGGAGGAGGGAAGUGACUUUCUGAAUGGCUAAUAGGGAAUUUACUAUGGAAUUUAGUCACUUCUUGUCGCUGGGGAUG